AUGAUAGAAGUUAUUGGAAGGUUACUAAAAGGGCCAGUGUAUUUUUCUGGUGAGGUUAUUGAGUGUUAUGUUACAUUUAGUAACCCACUGAAUCCAAUUCAUCAAAAGUCUCAAAGUUACAAUGAUGUCUUUGAAGGAUUAGCUUGGGCAAGUGCUCAACUGCACUGUCAGUGCUCAGCUAAUGACAAAAUAGUUAUUACUGACAAAAUAAAUUCAAGCCGUACAUCAGCAAUAAAUGCUGAGACGGCAUUUGCACCCUGGCAAAAGGACAACGGUCACGCUGUGGUGAAUACAAAGCCUAAGAUUUUAUUUUGUGAUUUAAGAUUAUCUCCAGGAGAAAGCAAGACAUAUAUUUAUAGAGAAACAAUUCCUAGUGACGCUCCACCUUCUUAUCGUGGUCAAGCUAUUAAAUAUUCUUACAAAAUAACUGUAGGAGCCCAACGAGUCAACUCACCAAUAAAAUUGCUCCGAAUUCCUUUCAGAGUCUUAUCUCUAAGUGAGUUACCAGAGGUGGCGAUAUGUAACGAUAGCGUCGAUCUGAGUCCCAAUAAUCCUUUUAUGGAUACUCAGGAACGUGAAAACCCGCUAGAAAUAUCACUGCAGACUCUCCAGAACCUGACAGCUCGCCGCAGUCCCAAUUUCUAUAACAUAACUAAUGGACGAGGAAAAGUAGUUCGUUUUUGUUUGUUCAAAAAUUCCUACAAACUAGGUGAAGACAUCGUCGGCACAUUUGACUUCUCAAACGCAACAGUAUCAUGCGUCCAGGUCUCAGUAGCGCUCCAAUCCGAGGAGCAUAUUGCUGACGAGUACAAGCGUGGAAAAGGGAACCCUUCGCGGAUGAGUUACAACAAACACCACGAAGUGUGUCUUGGAUUAAAAUAUUCACAGCUAGUAUUGCCGAUUCCUCUGCAUGUCACGCCAGAUUUUUUCACUCAUUUAAUGACACUUAAAUGGCGUUUGCACUUUGAAUUCGUAACAACAACAAAAGUUAUAGAAAUGCCGAUGGCUAACACAAUCGACUGGAAAGCUCCUUCUAGUCUCGACGUCGAAACGAUGGUCAACAGAAUUAUUAUAGAUAUAUAG